GGUGAAAAAAAGACACACGGCAAGCACGGAGCCGCCCCCCGUGAGAACGUGCGGAGAGCUCGCAGAAACAGAGACCAUUCCUCCUCCUCCUCCUCCUCACAGCAUCACUCUCGGGGGUCCCGGGGGGGCUCAUGCCACCUGCCCUUCUCCUCCCCUGCCUGUCGCCUCGCCCGGAGAGCGGCGGAGCGUGAGGGCCCCUUUAAGGACGAGCAGCCGCGGCUGAGGCAGCGGGAGAAGCGGCGGCGGUGAGGAAGGAUGGCAGACACAGACCUCUUCAUGGAAUGUGAGGAGGAGGAGCUGGAACCAUGGCAGAAGAUCAGUGAUGUGAUUGAGGAUUCUGUGGUGGAGGAUUACAACUCAGUGGAUAAAACUGCUCCAGCUGGCAACCCCCUGGUUCAGCAGAGUGGGCAGCCUCUGAUCCUGGCCCAGAGCCCCAGCUCGGGGCUGGGCACCAUGGUGACCCAGCCAGUGCUGCGCCCCGUGCAGAUCAUGCAGAACGCCAACCACGUCACCAGCUCGCCAGUGGCCAGCCAGCCCAUCUUCAUCACCACCCAGGGCUUUCCUGUGAGGAACGUGCGGCCAGUGCAGAACACCAUGAACCAAGUUGGGAUUGUCCUCAACGUGCAGCAGGGGCAAACUGUCAGACCCAUCACCCUCGUCCCAGCCCCAGGUACCCAGUUUGUGAAGCCGGCCGUCGGCGUCCCCCAGGUCUUCUCUCCCAUGGCGCAGGUGAGAGCAGGCAGCGCUGUGCCUGUCCGCCCUGCCACCAACACUUUCACCACGGUCAUUCCGGCCACGCUCACCAUCAGGAGCACUGUGCCACAGUCCCAGGCUCCACAGCAGAGUAAGUCCACUCCCAGCACCUCCACAACUCCUACUGCAACGCAGCCACCAGCGCUGGGACACUUAACUGGGCAGCAGCCAGGGCAGUCCACUCAAGCUACUAACCCCAAAUUAGGACAGAGCCCUGGCCCGCUGGUGGUCUCCAACAACAGCCCUGUGCAUGGUGCCCAGAGGUCCAGUGUCUCCGAGUCAUCAUCGUUGAAAGUCAGCUCCUCUCCCAUCCCCACCUUCGACCUGCAGGAUGGUGGCAGGAAGGUCUGCCCCAGGUGUGAUGCUCAGUUCCGAGUCACUGAAGCUUUAAGAGGACACAUGUGUUACUGCUGCCCCGAAAUGGUGAAAUUCCUCAGGAAAAGAAAAUCUCCUGAAUCUGAAACAAAUCUUCAAGCUGCAAAGCCUCCAUCUCCAGAAAAAACUCCAUCUGUGGCUUCUCCACCUUCUUCCACCCCUAUGCCUGCCCUGUCCCCACCUGCUAAAGCUCCAGAGCCAAAUGAGAAUGUGGUUGACUCAACCCAAAGCAAGCUCAUCAUGUUGGUGGAUGACUUCUACUACGGCAGAGAUGGUGGCAAAGUCAACCAGCUCCUCAACUUCCCCAAGGUCCCAACAUCCUUCAGGUGUCCACACUGCACCAAGAGGCUAAAGAACAACAUCAGAUUCAUGAACCACAUGAAGCACCACGUUGAGCUGGACCAGCAGAAUGGAGAGGUGGAUGUCCACACCAUCUGUCAGCACUGCUACAGACAGUUCUCCACUCCCUUCCAGCUCCAGUGCCACCUGGAGAACGUCCACAGUCCCUACGAGUCCACCACAAAGUGCAAGAUCUGUGAGUGGGCCUUUGAGAGCGAGCCCAUGUUCCUGCAGCACAUGAAGGACACCCACAAGCCUGGGGAGAUGCCCUACGUGUGUCAGGUCUGCCAGUACCGCUCCUCGCUCUACGCCGAGGUGGACAACCACUUCCGGCUGAUCCACGAGGACACGCGGCACCUGCUCUGCCCCUACUGCCUCAAGGUCUUCAAGAAUGGCAACGCCUUCCAGCAGCACUUCAUGAGGCACCAGAAGAAGAGUGUCUACCACUGCAACAAGUGCAGGCUGCAGUUCCUCUUUGCCAAGGACAAAAUCGAGCACAAGCUGCAGCACCACAAAACUUUCCGCAAGCCCAAACAGCUGGAAGGGUUGAAACCUGGCACCAAGGUUACAAUCAGAGCAUCCAGAGGACAACCCAGGACAGUGCCAAUAUCUUCAAAUGACAUGCCACAGGGUGCUGGGCAUGACUCCAACCUGCUGGCAUCUUCUGCUGACCCUCAGCCCAUCUUCAUGUACCCUCCUAUGCAGAGGAACAUCCAGAAGAGAGCUGUCAAGAAAAUGAGCGCCUUGGGCAGACAGACCUGCCUGGAGUGCAGCUUCGAGAUCCCAGACUUCCCCAACCACUUCCCCACCUAUGUGCACUGCUCGCUGUGCCGCUACAGCACCUGCUGCUCCCGGGCCUACGCCAACCACAUGAUCAACAACCACGUCCCUCGGAAGAGUCCCAAGUACUUGGCUCUGUUUAAAAACUACACUGCCUGUGGUGUGAAGCUGUCCUGUUCCUCUUGUCUCUUUGUCACGUCUGAGGGUGACUCCAUGGCUGAACAUUUGGUCUUCAACCCAUCCCACGAGUUCAGCAACAUCAUUUUCCGAGGGCCUUCUUGGAUGUCACAUUCCAGACACCUUCAGCCCCAGGACAAAAGCUUGAGGACCCCUUGUCCCACCUACUCCCCAAGUAAAGCUGCUACUGUGAAAUGCAAGCCUGUGCCACCCACACAAGAGGAGCUGGAGCCCCAGCUGGCACCAGAAGCCUACAGCAGACCCCUGGUCUGCCAGGAAGAGGAGGAAGAAGAAGAGGAGGAGGAAGAGGAGGAGGAAGAAGAAGAAGAGGAGUGCUUGAACAUCGAGGCUCAAGAGGAGGAGCAGCCCAGCAAGGAGCUGCCAGAGGCUGGCAGCAGGAAGGAGCAGCUGUCCGUCAAGAAGCUACGAGUUGUCCUCUUUGCCCUCUGCUGCAGCACGGAGCAGGCUGCAGAGCACUUCAGGAACCCUCAGCGGAGGAUCAGGCGUUGGCUGCGACGCUUCCAGGCCUUCCAAGAGGACAACUUGGCCUCCCUGUCAGAGGGCAAGUACCUGAGCUUGGAGGCUGAGGAGAAGCUGGCAGAGUGGGUCCUGACUCAGAGGGAGCAGCAGCUGCCGGUCAACGAGGAGACUCUCUUCCAGAAGGCCACCAAGCUGGGGAGGUCCCUGGAAGGUGGCUUCAAGAUCUCCUAUGAGUGGGCAGUGAGGUUCAUGCUGCGGCACCACCUGAGCACGCACACGCGGCGGGCAGUGGCUCAUCCCCUGCCCAAGGAGAUGGAGGACAGUGCCAGCUGCUUCCUGGAGUUUGUCCAGCGCCAGAUCCACACCCAGGACCUCCCCCUGGCCAUGGUUGCCGCCAUGGAUGAGGUCUCCUUCUUCCUGGACAUGGAGGUGCUGAGCAGCGACGACCGCAAGGAGAACGCCCUGCAGACGGUAGGCACUGGGGAGCCCUGGUGCGAAGUGCUCCUCACCAUCCUGGCUGAUGGCAGCGUCCUGCCAGCCCUGGUGGUCUACAGGGGGCAGCUCCAGCAGCUCUCCAACGUGCCUGAGUCCAUCAUCUUGGAAGCCAAGGAGGGCAGCUACGGCGACGACGACGUGAUGGAGAUGUGGGCGUCGAGGGUGUGGAGGAAGCACACUCGGUGCCACAACAGCAAGGCCAUGCUGGUGCUGGACUGCCACAGGUCCCACCUCUCUGAGGAGGUCCUGGCCCUGCUGAGCUCCUCCAGCACCUUGCCAGCCGUGGUGCCCGCUGGCUGCAGCUCCAAGAUCCAGCCCCUGGAUGUCUGCAUCAAAAGGACUGUGAAGAACUUCCUGCACAAAAAGUGGAAGGAGCAAGCCAAGGAGAUGAUGGUGGACUCCGCCUAUGACUCAGACAUCCUCCUCCAGCUGGUUUUGUGCUGGUUGGCAGAGGUUCUGGAGAUCAUCAGGGACUCUCCUGAACUGGUCCAGCAAUCCUUCUUGGUAGCCAGCGUGCUGCCUGGCCCGGAUGGCACUGCCAACUCCCCCACCCGCAACGCUGACAUGCAGGAGGAGCUCAUCUCCUCCUUGGAGGAACAGCUCAAACUUAACAAGGAACCACCACAAGAGCUGCUGGAAGGCCAGGAGAGGAGGACCCAAGCUGAAGAAUCUACAGACCCUGAGGUCCUCCAACAGCUCUUCGAGGGGGAGAGCGAAACCGAAUCCUUCUACGGCUUCGAAGACGCCGACUUGGAUCUGAUGGAAAUGUGACCAAACCCAAGAUCCAACCCAAAAACAAAAGGUUCAUUUGUUUUUAAACAACCCAUCCUGGGCCCCCUCCCCCUGCCAAACCCGUCCUGAGCUCCCUGUGGAUUUUUGUGGGUUUUAGGCAAAACCUGUAGACAAAAAAAGUCAACUCAAAACCAACCAACC